UCCUCUCUCUAAAUUUCCCUCUCCUUAUUUUCUCUCUCAUUUUUUAUAUCCUCUCUCUCUCAUCUCUCUCUCUCUCGACAACAAUUUGGUUUUGGGGUUUUUUUCUCUCCUCUCUCGCACGCGUAAUUGGACUCGACUCACUCCGAUUAUAUAUAAAUACAACUCGUAUCUAUAUAUAUCUUGACAAGUUGAUUGGAUCAUCGUAUUGAUUGCGGUGGUACUUUUCAGAUCAGGGUUUCGUUUAUCUUCAUCUGGGCUCUGUAACAAGAAAUUUGGGGAUUUUUGUUGGGUUAUUGUAAUUGGGGUUAUCAAGAAAAGAAAAAGGGAGAAAUUGAGGGGUUUAUUGCUGAUCUUGUAGGAAAAUUGUGAUUGGGUCAUCCAAUUGUAAUUAGGUCAUCAAUUGUGAUUAGGUCAUAGAAAGGGACAAAGGGGGGGUUGAUCUUUAUUGUAGUUGUGGUUAGGUCAUCAAGGGGGGAAGGGUUUGAUCUUUGUCUGAUUUUGAUUGGUUUGGGGUCUUGGUGGGAUUCAAUUGGUUAGUAGGAUAAGAAUGGCUUUGAACUUGUCGCAUAGGCCUGUGUUUCCGGGCCAUAUGUCUGAUCAUAUGUCAGAUGAUGGGAGAGAUAGAGACAUUAUUGAUCUGUUGCCUCCGGAUCCGUUUAUGAUGGAUAUAAGCACCACUAUUACAGCCAUUACGGGGUGGUUUGAGGAUCUUGAAAUGGAUUAUGAUGGAUAUGGAAAGAAAAAACCUGGGGCGGCUAAAGAGGAUUACAGUUUAUAUGCUGGUCUUAAUUUGAUAUUGGACCAGGCGCUGAGGUUCCAGUCGUUUCCUGGGAAUAUGUUUGAUGGUAAGCAUGAUAAUUGUAUCGAGGAGAGGGAGCCGCAGGGUGCAUUGCAAGAUGAUGGUUUCUGGUUAGUGAAUAAAGCCGAGGACAACCCGAGUUUUAGAAGUGGAAGUUCUAGUGCUAUGAUGGAUGCAUGUCCUGAAUGUUCAGGAUGCUGUUCCGAUGCAGGGGGAUCUCCUCAUGAAGCUUUUCUUUUUACACUUAGUUAUCUGGGAUUGAAAGACCUUCUUUCUGUUGAAAGAGUUUGUAGCUCCUUGUAUUCUAUGGUUCGAAGUGAUCCCUUUUUAUGGAGAAGUAUCCACAUAGAUAAGCCUUUAAAUGAGAAGAUUACAGAUGAUAUUCUUCUGCAUCUAUCGAGCAGGGCUCAAGGCAAUUUGCAAUGUUUGAGCCUGGUUGAGUGCCCCAGGAUCACAGAGGAUGGUCUCAAACGUGUGGUUGACACUAAUCCGAGGUUAACUAAGCUCUGUGUUCCUGGAUGCACAAGACUCAAUAUAGAGGGAAUUCUGAACAUCUUAAAGGAUUUUAAGUAUAAGAAAGGUACUUCAGGGAUAAAGCACCUGAGAAUCGGUGGGGUUUAUGGAGUAACACCUGAGCGUUUUGAAGAGUUAAAAUUUUUGCUGGGAACAGAUGGUCCAGUUCAGAUAACUGGGCAAAAGCCACAUUUUUUUCUUCGGGAGAACAUCUAUUUGUUAUGUGAUGAUGAACGUGCCAUUGAUAUUGAGAUAUGCCCAAGGUGCCAAAAAUUUAGGCUUGUGUAUGAUUGCACACUUGAGGGGUGUAAAGCAAAAGACAGUGCUAAUGACUUAUGCAGGGGUUGCACAUUGUGCAUACCACGGUGUGCAUAUUGUGGCCGGUGCAUCCGUGAUGAGUAUGAAGAAACAUUUUGUUUGGAGCUAAGGUGUUCAGAUUGCUCCAGCAAGAACCCUGUCUGCGAAGAGAACAGAGAGGAUGAUUUGAUAGAGAAUGUUGUUCACCCAGAGUCAAGUCACAAUAUUUGUCUGCAUGGGUAAGUUUAAGAACACAUGUACAUUUGUUUCUUGAUGGCGUCAGAUUUUGAGCUGCAACCUUUUUGUUUUAUUAAUUGUUAAGGAAUGACUUCGUGCUUUGAGAAUGAGCAUCUUCAAGUAUCAGUUCCUGGAAGCAGAUAUCAGGAAUUAAAAAAAAAAAAAACAAACAGUAGAAGCACAAAAAACAAAAAACAAAUGUAGAAGCAGCUCAAUGGAGUACAGUUUGUCUAUAUUAAGUUUCUGACAAUCAGAUUGUAUGGUAUCUAAAUAGUUAUUUGGUUGGGGAAGUUAUUGGUUUAGUUAAGCAGCUAAUUGACGUGCCUGUAGGGUCGCAGUAUCUUAUGUUUAUUGAGGUGGUAAAUCGAUAGUGAAUGUGAAUUUGUUGUGUUGCUGUGGCAUGUGGAUAUGCUGAUGGCUUAUGUUGUAGUUUAAGAUAUGUCACACUGUUGAUGCAAGUAAUUGGCCAAGUGGAUUUUAUGGUAUCUACAUAGUUAAUUGUUCGGUCAGGAGAUUUGGAGGUAUAUUACGCAGUUAUUUUGAUGUUUUUAGUGAUACCUGCUUGUGUACAGGAGUUUUGGAGGUUUGAUACACAGUUAUUGAGGCAGUAAAUUGAAAGUGAAUGUAUUGCUGUUGCAGUUUUUUUUGCUGAUGGCUUCUUUUGUUGGUUGAGAAGAUAUGUCAUACAGUGUUGGUGCUAGGGAUUCGCCAAAUGGAUCAUAUGGUAUCUGUAGAUUCAUUUGUUUGAUCGCAAGAGUUGGAGGUAUGUUAUGCAGCUUUGCUGACGCUGUGCUGCAGUAUCUUGUGUUUUAUUGGCUUGAGUUGUCGGUUAAGACGAUACACUGUUGAUGCAAGCAAUUGGUCAGAUGGCUGUGAAACAUGCUUGUGUGAUUUGGAGAUUUGGAAGGUUUUUUUGGGCAGACUUGCUUGGUGCGCUGAGCAGUAUAUCUUAUGUUUGUCGAGGCAAUAAAUUGAUAGUAAAUGUGAUUUUCAUGUGUUUCUGUGUCAGUUGGUUUUACUGAUGGCAUGUGUUGUUGGUUAAGAUAUGCUGUCCGCUGCUGAUGCUAGUGAUUAGCCAUAUGGAUUCUGUGGCAUCUAAACUGCUGUUUGUUUGGUCAGAGAUUUUAGAGGUUUGUUAUGCAGCUAUUUGGUGCCUGAUGCUAGUGAUUGGCUAGAUGGAUCCUUUGAUAUCUUAAUUGUUGUUUAGUUGGGAUAUUUGGAGGUUUAUUAUGCAGAUGAUUAACUGCUGGUUUGUGCUCAUUGAGGUGGUACAUUUAUUGUGAACGGGCAUUAGACGUGUCGCUGUUGCAGAUGGUUUUUCUGGUUUGUGUUGUCGGUUAAUAUAUGUCAUACACAGAUGAUGCAAGCGAUUGGCCAGAUGGAUCAGUAGACCUGAGGAAUGUGCUCCCUUGCAGAAUAAAUGUGUUCCUGCAUGAGGCUCGAUGUUGUAGAGGAUGUGUAGUGAAAGGGUUGCAUCUCAGCUCAGAUUUGUAUAAACACAAUUUUCAUUGCUUCCCUGAAAUAAUGGCAAAAAAAUUAUUAAGCCAUCCAGGGAACGUUGCAAAUUGAAUUGUGAUGCUUUGGCUGUUCAUCGUGUGAUCCUGUGAAGUGUCGCUUGCUCUGUGCUUGGUUUCAGUGUGCUUGGUUCAUCGCAUGGCGCUUUUUGUUGGAGCUUCCUUGCUUCAAGCCGGUUUCAUUGAAGAGGCAAAGGAAAGCAGCAGCAGUAGGGAUUUUCAGGUGGAGUACUAUAGCCAGUACUGUUGUGCUACUUAAAAUUGAAGUUGAUGGUUACGCGCCUUGUUCGAAAGUAACCUGUACACAGUUGCCUUGUUCGAAGGCCUGUAAUUCUUUGUUCCUAGACAUAAAUUUCGAUUAUGGCCACAAACUUUUGUCUAACAUGUAUGGUGGCUAUUUUUUUUUUGUUGUUGUCCAGUUAUAUGGCAAUACUUGUUUUAAUCAAACUAUUGUUGUAUGUUA